AAGCGCACCAAGAAUGCCAAGAAUGAGCAGCUUACCGCCUUGAGCUUACCACGAUCUAUGGCGAGAUUUGACGCGGCAGAAUGACGUUGUUAGGAUGUUAGCCAGGGCCUUGUUAUAAGACUAGCCCUAUAGCAAGGCCUUGGCUAUAAUCAAAGCUUGAAAAGUAAAAUAACAUGAGCCAAAUGGCAAGGUAGAAAUGUUAGGUAGCUCUUCCUUCAUUCGCAUUUUGGAAUGUUGAUUAAUCAGAGAAGCAAAGCUGAUCAGUUAAAUAUAAAGUAAGCAUUAUUUGCAAGUUGCUCAUGAAUAAUUUACUCACACUUGACAUAUAUAAUGCUACAUAAGCGACGAGCUCACCACAGCCAAGGAGCAUGGUGAAUAUCAUCAGCAAACGCAAGCGGCGAAUCUCCAACCGCUGGAUGCUGUCCGGGAUCGUCGCGCUAUCCCUCACCAUCGCGGGGAUGACGGUCGUCACCAGCGUCAUCCAGCAGCCGGCAGCACGACACGAGGCCGCUGCCAACAGCUCCAGCUGGCUACAGGACGCAGAAGAGCACGUCCGGCUGCUGGCUAGGCGUGCCAACGUAACCCAUCCACCUCACCCGCGGAUUAACCGUCGGCCGAGCAUCGCAGACGACAGUUCACAGCUGUGGCCGAGAGACGCCAGCUACGCAGCCGAUCGCCUGCGUAGGCGGAAGUCAGCCGGCAGUCUCAACAUCACCAAGCCGCCGCUGUACCCGAAUGGCACCCAGCUCUCCAACCUCAGCGAUUUCACCUUCGUCAUCAACAACGACGUGUGUGGCUAUGAAAAGGUUGACAUAGUGAUGGUGGUGACGUCGGACACGCGUCAGCCUUCAUGGCGAGCCGAAGUUCGUGCCGCGCUGCCCUCGGCCAUACUAGAGGAGUUGCGCAUGCGACGCGUCUUUCUUCUGGCCCAGCUGGCUCCGCCGGCUGACAGCCGUAUGUACGACCAUCGGAUGGCUGCUAUACAGGCCGAAAACUACGCGUACGCUGACAUCGUCGUCGGCAACUUCCUCGACACCUACCGCAACCUAACCUACAAGCAUCUGAUGGGCCUGCGCUGGGCCAGCGACUACUGUCCGCAGGCGCGCUUCAUCCUCAAGAUGGACCACGACACCGUCGUCGAUGUGUUCCGACUGACCCGGCGACUGGAGGAGCUGCCCGAGGGCACAGUCGGCUCCGACGCCCUUCUAGGCGUGACCUACGCCGGCAGCCAGCCGAUUCGCAAUCCUAACAGCAAGUGGUACGUCUCGGAGCUGGAGUACCCGGAGAGCACCUACCCCUACUACAUGUCCGGAUGGCUCUAUCUGAUCACGCCAAGCGCCGCUGCCAGGCUCGUGGCCGCCAGCAGUAACCAGCCCUUCUUCUGGGUGGACGACGCCUUCGUCACGGGGGUGCUGCGUCAGCAUGAAGCACCCGACAUCCAAAUGCUCGACUUUGAAACCCUGUGGCUCUAUAUUGAUGAAGAUGGCAAAGGCUACAGCCCGAUGACAAUGUACCUGGCCUGCGUCUACGAGUGCGUCUCUGACGAGCAGGCCUCGGUGUCCCAGUGCCCGGUGAUGAUUGGGCCCGUCUGGAUGAACCCGGUCGUGAUGCGUCUGUUCUACGGGCACGCGCAGCACUGCCACACUCACGGCUGUGCGCUCCGCAAACGGAUACCGGUUUCCUGCGCCAACGGAUGGGAAGGCUACGAACGGCGUAACAUGCCAGAGAAGCUCAGCGAUAUUGGCGAUGUCACCGAUGCAACCAACAGAUGACGAUGGCUGCCACUGUUGUUCACGCUGAGUGUAAUUAUCCAGUCGUGUGGAGCUGUGUUGUGGUUGUGGAAAAAAUGGAAAGGAAGAAGUCAACCCCGGAAUGAUCUGUGACCUGCUGUCCACCGUCGCCCGAAACCUGUCUCAGCCGAGACCCCAUGAAAAAAGGCUAAAAAGGUUACAAGCUGUCAUUCUGGACAAAACCAGACUCGUACAACAGUCAAAAGAGGACUGGUGAUCACCCCCAGGCAGUCGACAGUCACCAGCUCACAAGACCACUGUCCUAUGACCGACCAAGUCAGCGACGAGCGCGCUGGAAUCCGCUGGGCGUGUUCUAUGCCACCUGACACCUACUUCAAACGUUCAGGAAAGAGAAGACACAUGGAGCGGACCGCCGCAGGCAAAGCCGACACCGGCUCAGAUAAUCGUGAGAUGCUCAAAGUCGUGUCAUUUGCUUUGUUUUUAGAGUCGCAGAGCUGGGUCCAGCGACACCUAUUCGUGAAUUUGGUGAGCUGCGCCUGUUUUUAGUGACCGAUAUAAGGACGGGGCUUGUCAUAGACGCCUGAACGUACAUCAGAGGUCAGCUGGCUAUGUGUCAGUGUAUGGGAGAGAGCAUCCCGGUACGAGUGUAGUCAGUCAGGCAAAGUUAAGCUGAGAUGUACCGGCAGCGGGGUGGGCCCGUGUCAUCACCGCCGGGCAGCAGAACUCACCUCGUUCAUGGUCGCCUCCCGCUCGGCAGGGUUGUAGACGCACGUAAACAGCUGAAUCCGAUUUAUGUCGCCCA